GAGCGAAGAAAGUGAACAAAGGGCAUAAUGCAUCUAUACAAAUGUGGUUCAUGAUUUUGCCUUUCAUCCCAAUUGUGGCUCUAGUUUUUCAAAAUCUUGCUAACCUUAGAACAGUUUUAAACUAUCAAGCAGAAGUUCAAGAUGUCCAGAAACAAGUUGUCGUGGCUGGUGACAUUGCAAAGUUAAUUUCUCAGUUGCAGUGGGAGAGGUCUGAAGUUGCAUUUUACAUUUUUUUAAAUGGCACAACAGUUAGAUCUAAUCUGACGACAAGAUUUAGAAAAACUGAUUCUUGGUUAAACAAAAUUCGACACUGGCCAGAUCGUGGGUUAGGAAAUGAUUCAACGUUUCAAACCAAGUCGACAUUCCUUGAAAGAAUGCAACAAUUUCGCUCACGAAUUUCGGAAAAUGGAACGCACAUGUAUCAAGUGAUUGAAUAUUAUACCACGAGUAAUCAAGUAAUGCUGAAUUACUUGACAAACGAGAUCAAGGAGACCAAAAAUUCUGAUGUCUGGCGAUACCUGCUGGCAUACAAGAACCUGCUGAGAAGUGUUGAAAAUUUUGGGAUAUCGGUCGUCUACGGCAUAAAUUAUUUUGGACGAGGACAAAUCACCCGACCAAAUCACAUAGAAUUCAUUCGAAAAGAUACCCUUGGGAUGGAAUAUUUCAAUUCAAGCAUGGAAUUUGCAUCCAAUGCGGAACAACAAGUUGAAGAAAUAUUCAAGAAAUUAGAAAACCUCAGCUAUAUAGAAAACCUGCGACUAAAAAUUCUAUUGAACGAGCCUCAACUGCCGGACAUGAAGGAAUCCACCUCCUAUUUCGAAUCUAUGGCCGCUUUACUUGAAGCUUUGAGAGGAACACAGACAAAGCUUAGACUACUGAUUGAGGAAACUAUGCGUGAAAGCAUUUCAAGUGCAAAUAAACAAGCUUGGACGGCUAUCGGGGUGGUGAUUUUGGUUUUGUUCAUCUCGCCAGUAAUAAUUUUUCUCACACACAAAGUGACAUCCACAAUUGGAAUGUAUGUCAAAAACUUGGUGGAGAAAGCAGACGAGUUGAAGAGAGAAAAGGUUAAGUCGGACAAACUGUUGCUGCAAAUGCUUCCUCCUUCCGUUUUGACUGAAUUGAAGCAAAAGCGACGUCCCCCUGCUACAUAUUUUGACCAGGUGUCAAUCUACCUAAGUGACAUUGUCGGAUUUACAGAAAUUUCCUCCAAAUCUACUCCGUUGGAAGUCGUGUGCUUUCUCAAUUCGGUGUACAGAUUGUUUGACUCGAGAAUAGAAAAGUUUGAUGUAUACAAAAUAGAAACAAUCGGUGAUGGCUAUCUAGUGGCGAGUGGUGUUCCGACCUUAAAUGGAAAUCGGCAUGCUUGCGAGAUUGCUUCAAUGGCUUUGGAUCUACUUGCAUGCACCCCAGUGGUGAAGGUUCCUCGUCGACCAACCGAAUCAUUACAAAUUCGAAUAGGGUUACACACUGGGCCAGUUAUGGCAGGUGUAAUCGGGAGCAAAAUGCCGAGAUAUUGCUUAUUUGGAGACACGGUGAAUACUGCGUCAAGAAUGGAGACAACAGGAGAGCCUCUAAAAAUUCAUAUGAGCAUGGAUAUGAAAUUGGCUUUGGAAGAAAUUGGUGGAUUUUUUAUUGAGCACCGAGGGACAAUUGAGGUUAAGGGGAAGGGGAAUAUGGACACUUACUGGUUGAUUGGUAAAAUCAGUACUGGAAAUACGUCAGAAAUAGUGGAGAUUGUUCGACCAUAUCAGUUUGAUACUGUGGAUCAAUUUGAGUACUUGGAUGAGUUUUACCACGAAUAAACUAGUCAAUUAAAACUAGAGUAAUUUGAUAUACAGUAAUCAUGAUUAGUUUUAAUUGUAACAACAUUAACAUAUCGCAAGAACGAGUAUAAAAGUUGUAUAAAAUGUCACUUAUGAAAUUGUGUGUUGAUGCAUGU